AUGACCCCUGCACAAGCACAGGAGGCCAAGGAACGUCUCGAAGACGCGCACGCUCGUGCGCUCUCCCUCGGCACGAUCAAGCGCAUCGAAGAUACCCUGUCCACCCUCCAGUCCUCCUUCGUCUUCCCGAUCGACCUCGAUCUUGCGCGCCCCGAAUCGCCCAGCGGCUGGGACUCCGACUCGGAGGCUGAGCUCGCCUUCACACCGAAGAACAAGCCCGUGCACGUGUACGAGUACGCGCUCAGCGGGCUCCUCUCGAAGCUCGAUGCCGUCGACAGCUUCGGCGACGAGGCGAUCCGCGGCCGCCGCAAGGAGGUGGUAAACAAGGUCGAGAAGGCCCUCAGGGAGAUUGGCAAGCGCGUCGAGGAGAGCCGCGAGAGG